AUGGAUGAUUUGUAUUAUUUUAUUUACAAUGAAGAAGAGCCAGAAAGUGUGAAGGAAGCCAAAUUGGAGCUUCAUAAAGUUUUGAAGAAAAAUAGAGAAAGGCCAAAUCGAGUGAAUAAGCCAAUGAAAGAAGCUGACACAGUAAUUUCGCUAGUUGAUAAUCCAGAAGAUAUUGAUAAAAAUAAAAAAGAAAAAAAAAUAAUAAAUGAUGUAUCAAAUACUGAACAAAAUGAUCAUAUUAAGAAAAAACAAAAAACUUUGUUAAGAAUUAAAAAUACAGAUCGACUAAUAAAUGCACAAGAUAAUGUAUCAGAUAUUAGUAUAUAUUCAUGUUCGUCUGUAUCUUCAGGGUCUGAUGGUUCGUCGUCUAUUAAUUAUUUAUCCAACUUGGAUAAAGAAAAAUCUCCAUCCUUUGGUAAAAACAAAAGUAAAAUAAUGUUUUAUAGAAAUAGUAUAAACAAUGAUGAUACAUUUGAUAAUAAUGGAUUUAAUGGAAAUAAUAACAAACGUAAACGCGAUGGAGAACAAAAUAAUUUUAAUGAACCAUGGAAAGAAAAAAACUCAAAAUGGAGAAAAAUAAAUAAUGAAGGGAAUGGUAAUGAAAAUGAGAAAGAUAUAUUACAACAGUUUAAAAUAAAUUACCAAAAGCUUACUUUGUUAGAACAAAAGUAUUAUAAACAUAUGAUGAAGAAAUUAAAAAUAAGAUAUGAUAAUAAAAAGAAAAUAUUCUUUACAAAUGAUAAUUUUACAAAAACAUUUUCAGAUGUAAUAACAAAAAAUGGAAGUGAUAAUUUUAAUUUCAUAGGAUACUUAGAAUAUUCAUUUCAUUAUUUAUUAGAAUGGUUAACAUCAACAAAGGAAGAAAAGUUAUUAAAACUUAAAUCACUAAUAAAAUUAGAAAUAAUUGUUAAAUCGAUUUAUCCAGAUUGUAAAAUGGAAGUAUUUGGAUCCUUUGUCACAGGUUUAUCUAUACCAAGUAGUGAUAUAGAUGUAUGUUUUAUGGAUAUACAACAAAAUGAGAUUGAGACGUUAACUAUUAUUGGAUAUGUAUUAAUAAAAUUGAAUAUUUGUAGAAAUAUGAGAAUAAUAAAAGAUGCAAAAGUCAAAAUAUUAAAAUAUACUGAUAAUGAAUCAGGUGCCAAUGUUGACAUAUGCAUAAAUCAGAAAUCAUCAAAAGAAAGUACCGAUUUUAUAAAAAAAAAAAUAAAAGAAUAUAUAUAUUUAAGACCAUUAGUUAUAUUGAUUAAAUUUUUUUUAAAUUCAAGAAAUUUAAAUGAAACAUAUACUGGGGGUAUUGGCUCAUUUAUGCUAUGUUGUAUGGUUUUGCAUUUUUUACAAAUUCAUCCAUUAACUUUUGAUACAAAGAUAUAUAAUAAUACAAAUUUAGUAAGUUUAAUUAUAGAAUUUUUUUAUUUUUAUAACUUAGAAUAUCCACUAAAUGAUAAAUGUUCGGUUUUAAGAGGUUUAGGACACGUUAUGCCUAGAUAUAUGCGAACUGAAUACGAACGAAAUAACAACAGACUAUGUAUUGAAAACCCAAUAGAUAUAUCAAUAGAUGUUGGAGCCAAUUCUUACAAAAUUAGAUAUAUAUUACAUAUUUUUAGUCAUAACUUUUGUAAUUUAGUUACUUUAAUAAAAAAAUUAAAAAAACAAGGGGUUCCUCUUUUUAGGAAUAAAUAUAACACAAUUCGUAAGGGGCAAAAUGAUAAUAAUUUUAUUCAAGGAAAUAAAUUAAAUCCCAAUUCUAUAUUUCCAUUAUUUUAUGGCAAUUUUCUUAAUCCGAAUAAUAUUGCUUUUACUAAAAGAUUUAAAAAUAAUUUCCCAAACCCUUUAUGGAACAUUGAUCAGUUUGAUUUUGCAUAUACACAAGAAGAAAAAAAUAAAUUAUUUGAAAUGAUAUGUAAUGAUAUGUCAUCUUAUUUUUUAAAUAAUUCUGGAGAAAGUAUAGAUACAGUAAAUAUAUUUUCAACUAUUGAUCGAGCUUUCUUUUUUUCCUUAGAUAUUUUCAGCAAUAUAUUUAAAUGUAUAUAG